AUUGCCAAUUUCUAUACCAAUGAUGACUCAGGGCGUAUAAAGGUCUUCUCGUUUGAACAUAUUUUUCAACCGAUAUUAGGUAUAUCAUGCCAUGAGGAAUGAUCACUGUCAACUGAAAAUACAUAAUGUGCAGGAUGCACUCAAUUUCAAUGUUCAAUGUUACUCCACAUGAACAUACUAUGUGCAAUUCCACAUAAUGCGCUCCCGUGCAAAAAGAGGGACCACACCCCGUGACGUCAAUCUUUACCCCGAAUCGCAAACAUGUAAAAUAAAUAUCCCACAAUGCAACGGCAACAUAACAUACUUCCGCCGAAGACUGCUCAGCAAAAAAGAGAUCUUCUUAGCCUGCCCAUUUCAAGUUAAACGACGGUAUUUAGUGUUGUCAACAUUCUCAUUUCACUAUGUUCCAGACCAGAUCAGAAUAUGACAGGGGAGUCAACACGUUCUCUCCUGAGGGACGUCUUUUUCAAGUGGAAUAUGCAAUAGAAGCUAUUAAGCUUGGAUCUACAGCUAUUGGAAUCAGGACCAGUGAGGGCAUUGUGUUGGCUGUUGAGAAGAGAGUGACAUCACCUCUGAUGGAAGCCACGAGUAUUGAGAAGAUCGUGGAGGUCGACAGCCACAUUGGUUGUGCCAUGAGCGGUCUUAUAGCAGAUUCUAGGACUAUGAUUGACAGGGCAAGAGUUGAAGCACAGAGUCACUGGUUUACGUACAAUGAGAAGAUGUCCGUAGAGAGUGUAACUCAAGCUGUAUCUAAUCUUGCUCUUCAGUUUGGAGAUGAUGAGGCAGGAGUAGGGGCCAUGAGUCGACCUUUUGGAGUAGCCUUAUUGUUUGCGGGUAUUGAUCAGAAAGGACCCGUUUUAUAUCACAUGGAUCCCUCUGGUACAUUCCUUCAGUUUGAUGCCAAAGCUAUUGGAUCAGGGUCAGAAGGAGCCCAAUCACAAUUACAAGAAAUCUAUCACAAGUCAAUGACAUUGAAAGAGGCAUGCAAGGAAUCACUAGUUGUACUCAAACAGGUCAUGGAGGAAAAACUUAGCUCAACAAAUGUAGAGGUAGCAACCAUCACACCACAGAAGAAUUUCCAGAUGUUCUCAAAGGAAGAUAUUGAGGCAAUCAUAGCAGAGAUGUAGAUAACAACAGUCGAUAUCUGUAUUCCUCCGUUACUUGUUGUAUUUUGCAUCCCACAACUCCAACAGAUUACUAAAACAAAGUCACCGGUUCCUCUGCAGAUGGAAAUUUGUUCAACCAGUAACUGAAUGAAUUUACGUGGAAAAGAGGAUAGAAUAGUCGCCCAUCUACUGUGUUUUCUUGAACUGCUUUGUUCUGACAUCUAUACCAUUGGACACUGACUAUCAAAGGAAGUGUUUCUUGUUCCUGUGAAGUUUACAGUUUUUUCUUUAUUUCAUGACGAAUCACAUGCUGGAAAGAUUCGUUAUAUUUAGAGCGAUUUCAUACAAAUAUGGAUGAAUAUACAUGUAGUUGUUAUUAAUCAGAUUUUCAGUAGACUAUCCAACAUGGUAUCUUUGAAGCAGAGUCAUAGAUGGCGCAUAAUAAAUGCUGUGUUUAUUAUUGAUUUUUACCCAUUCAAAAUGACUAUUGUAAUGAUUUCCCCUAUCGGUUCCAUUCGCUCCGAAAGAAAAUUUGCAUGUCAAGCCAAACAUAAAAUUCAACCUCCAUAACUGAAUAACCCCCAAUCAUUAUCUUGGGAUUAUUCUGAACCAAAAUCUUUGUUACUAUCCCAACUCUAACUCUAUGCCCUCUGGGAUAUCUAGAUUGGAGCAAAUUUUGCAGGAACAACAGUCGGUUUGUUUUGGUAGAUGAUAAAUACAACUUCAACAGUGACACACCCUCAAAUGGCAUUAUUUCAACCGAUUUGUAAAUGCGUUUAUUGUAAAAUGAAUAGUACAUUGACACACAUUCUGGGUACACUAUGUGGAAAGACCCCAUUGAUUUGUCUUUGGAUUUACCAAAUAUUAAGAGUAGGCUUUAGAUUUAGCACAUGGUGCGUGACGCAGAAUGGUCUCUACCCCAAUGCUGUGAUCUCCUCCGAUGCGCAGUAAGACUUAUUCCCCUAAAAUGGAAGAUUUUGUCUGUCUUUUCAAAAACCUUAGAAUACUGUUAAUAUUGUGGAAGCGCCGUGGUGUAGCGGUUCUGACUCUCGCCUUGUAAUCAGAGGGUCGUGUGUUCGAAUCCCACCAUGGCUUAGCGUCAAUCUACACUUUGCCACUCUCAACCAGGUAAUUGGGUACCGGUAGGAAACAACCUUCAUUGUGGUUGGUUUAGCAAGUGUGCGCCUAACCUGUUGCUUGAAAUGCUAUGAAUCCAGUGACCGGGUAAUAAUAAUUGUGAAGUGCUUUGAGCAGUCGUAGAUUGAUAAAGCGCUAUAUAAAUGCCAAUUAUUAUUAUCACUAUACUUAAUCAAUUUAACUCCGGAUUCAACAUGUACACCUUUGAAAUUGGAAUUAAAAAUCUAUCUUCAAUAAAGUCCUUUCCUUUUAAUACAAAUAUCAUGUUUCUAUUAUCAAUUCAAAUAUAUUUCAUGAGAACAAUUGGAUCUGAUUUUUAAUGAAAUGUUGACUGUGUUUAGGAACCCUUGUCGGUGUAUUAAAUAGUUUUACAAUAACUUCAAAGUUUGUCAAACUGUAGGGCCCAACUGCGUGGAAAGUCUAUUUUAGUCUUAGGUAAUCUGUAUGGGGUUGUGGAAAAUAAUCUUUUCCUGUACAUAUUAUUUUCAUACGGCAACAUUUCUUUGUUAAACUAUGAUUGUUAGUUUGUUCCAAGUACAUGUAGAAUGAUUAUGUGUAACAUUAAAAUUAUCAUUAAAUGGUAUAAA